AACGAUUGAUCCUGAAGACAAUGAUGCAGCAGUAACUUUUACAGAUGAAGACCUGAUGUUGGGCUCAAAACCUCAUAAUAGGCCUUUAUUCGUAACUGGUUACACUCGCGAGAAAAAGGUGAAUCGCAUACUGAUAGAUGGAGGUUCUGCUGUGAACAUUUUGUCUCUGCGUACUUUAAAAGAGCUGGAGGUCCCGACAGAUGAACUCUCAAAUAGUCGGUUGAUGAUUCAAGGCUUUAACCAAGGGGGGCAACGAGCUCUAGGCAUAAUUAGAUUGAAGUUAGUAAUUGGGGAGAUGACUUCAAAUGCUCUUUUCCAUGUGAUAGAUGCCAAAACCUCUUAUAACAUGUUAUUAGGGCGUCCUUGGUUGCAUGAGUAUGGAGUGGUGCCUUCUACUUGGCAUCAAUGUUUCAAAUACUGCCAAGAUGGUGUAGUAAGAAAGGUUCUUGGAGACGAUAAGCCUUUUACUCAA